AACUAUCACUUGAGUGAAAAAUUCAAAAGAACUUAGUCACUGCUCGAAAAUUAUGUGAAAUGUCAACCUUAAAUAAUUCAGUGGAGCUUGUGUUUGUGUUGUGGUCAGUAAAAGACAAAAUUAUAACAGUGUAAGACACUGUGAUGCCUGAUUUGGCUGUGUUAAAAAAGUUUAAGUUAAAGUAAUAGUGUACCAAAUAGUGACAGUUAGGUUUCAUCAAUUUAUAGAUAUCCAACAUUGGGUAAGUAUUUUGUGGGUAUGGACAUAUCCCUUCCGCUUUUAAAGCUUUUAUCCCUGCUCCGUGUGGCACCCUAAAAUUAGUCCUAGUCAUUCUAAUAUAGUAUUCACAUAAUCCAACUUCAGUGUUUAUAAUUCUUUGAACGCAAGUAGGUCAAUAAUUUAAGUCAAGAGUAAAAUUGAGUGUGAAUGUGCAUUGAAAGUUGACUGCCAAGCAGAGCAUUUUGUUUGUAUGUAUGUAUAUAGUUUUUUUAAGUGUUGAAAUUUCAUUUCAUUUUAUCAUUAAGUAGGUAGAAUAUAAAUCAUUUAUUUGCAUUGCAAACUUAGUAUUUAUUAUAUAAAGGUCAGUUAUUUAGAUUGAUUCUUUUAUUGGUUAUUUUAAUUAUAUUCAUUAAUGCUAGUGGGGCUAUUAUCAUUAGUUACAAGUAAUUAAAAAAAUCAUUUACAUUUUCUUUCAGUAUCAGUACUAUUUUUUUUAUACUUUUUUUUCUUUAUGAGUUUAUUACUCACUCAUAAUAUUAUCACAGCUUCAUCUAGUUAGUACAUAAUCAAAAACGUUUUUUAAUAACUUGAUACUAAGAAAAAAAUCAGUGUUUAAGAUAGUUUGAAUUUGAGUAAUUGUUAGAUUAAAAAUAAAAUUCCAGUAACAUUAUACCCUAUUCUCAUUGGCCUGAGAAAAUAUGUAAACAAAGAAAUCAAUUUCUGUAUGUUAAAAUUUAUUGUUAUUGUUUUUCUUUACAUAUAGUAAGGUCACUCUGAAAGAUAUUAAUGAAACUUGAGCUAAUUUAAAUACUUCACCAGAACGAAUAACUUAAAAAACACGGGGAGUUAUAUUAUAUUAUUAAAAUCGAAAAUAGUACUGUAAAUUCAUCUUAAACGUAAGAACAAUAAAUCAAGAUGGCGGACAAGCGCGGUAGUUAAAUGUUAAUGAAUUCUGCUACUGUUACGCUCUGCAAACGUGUAUUUUAGAUUAAUUUAAUCACAGAAAUAUAUUUUCGUCAAAUUCAAUUAUUAUGAAUAUAUUGUUAAAAUUCUUCAUCCAUCAAUUAUUCUAAUUAGUAAUGCUUACAGAACCAGUAACAGUAACUAAACAUUUAACAGACACAAAUUGCAUCCAAAAUGAGAGUAGGUACAAAUUGUUGGCAUUUAUAUUUUUUGUUGUCAUUAAUUUUUAUCGUCACCUAACCAUUUGUGGUUUGAUAGUAUAUUUUCUCAUGUUAUCGCAAAUAGGGUAUACCUUUCAACAGUUUGAACUAUCAAGUUAUUAAAAUUCGCUCAACAGUGUGAAUACAUUACCUAUAUUUUUUUAAGAAUUUAGGUAUUCCUAGGUUGAUUGAUUAAUACGGCAAAUGCAUCCCGAAGGACCGCCGACUGAAGACGUCGUAAGUAUCAGGAAAUGUAAUGGUAAGCAAAUGCAGCCUGGGGCAAUUCAGCAAUCCUCAUCUAUUUUCUCCCCUUUGAAGACCUACCGUACCGUUUUUUAAGUAAUAUUGUUGCAGUUGAGGAAGCCUGCUAGCUCACUACAUGUUAAAGAGGAUAUAAGUGUUCCAAAUUUUUAACAUUACAAUCAAAUAUGGUGCUUCCGUAAGGUAUGACGCCUCGAGGGCUGGGCUCAUCACUUUUACCGUAGGUAGGGUAUUUGGCAAAAAUAUUGAAAAUGUAUUUUUCUGUUAUUUCACAAACAAAAAAUGAAGGGGAUACUGUAAAAUGAAAUUUCGCGUGACGGCACAUAUCAGUACACACUUCACUAUCAACUUUAGCAAUUGCACAAUACAUUUUACAAUCUUAAGUGCUUUCUAUCGUACUAAUUUGUUUAAUGAUGUGGUAAAAUGAAAAAUACGUCUUCAAUAUUUUGGAAAACCUGUCUAACGAACUACUUCGAUUUGUUAUUAUUAUUUGAGUCAAAUACCCCAUUGAUAAGCUAUUUUGGGUCCUAAUAAUAAUCACGCAUAGGUAACUUGAGCAACAUUCGUGAGACAAGACAACGUGCUAUACCACCUAUUGAAUCUGUUCGUCGGGUCUAUACCUUAACGGUACUUUCGAAACAAUGGCACUUAGUACUUCUAAUAGGGAUCAGAUCUCGUUUGUUUGCCAUCUAUUGUACAUGCAUAGUCUGCUCCUUAGUUGCCCAUUUUCUAAAAAGGCGACUAUGCAAUAUAACAUCAAAUUAUAGUCAACGCGUACUUGAUUAUUUGACUUGAUGAGGCGAACAUUGGGUAACAUAUUAGUUGUCCCUUUUUAUAAAUGAGACUGUUUGGACGUAUGGACACUCCCAGUCGGCCCGAAACACCACUUGUUUUAAAUGGACGCAUCAUUGUUUUAUCAAAACAUUUGCACUGUAAAUUUGAUCACCACAUAACUAUCUACUAAAAAAAAAAGCAAACAUUACCUUGAGUUCAAUAAUAAUUAAACAAAAUACCGUAUCUGUGUACUAACAAAAGCGCCUGUACGUGUGUACCGCUCUGAUUCUUUGUUUUUAGGUCAAGAUUCGAGCUAUGAACUGUAGAACAGUGGCGCAUGGCUGUAUGCGCCAUCGCAAAAAAUAUGUUCAAUGUUGAUGUUUGAUAACAGUGUUUACUGAUUUAUCAAUAAAUGUUUAUUCAACAAUCUUCGUCUUAUUUAUUCUCCUUCAUCACGAUUAUUUUCCCUUACACCCAUACACACACACACAAAUUGUCUUCGUCCUAAACACUACACAGAGAACUUGUAUUUAUAUACAAUGAAAAAAGAUUUAACACAUUAUAUGCUCGAAGUCUCAAUAACUUCGGUGAAACAGGGUCGUAGUGAUGCUGGACCUAAAUACUUUCGUAAAGUAGCAUGCUCUUAUUUUAACGUGAAAACUUGUUAUUUGAGUUCUCAAAAUCAGUUCAUUAACUAAAACUAACUUGCAAAACCAUUAAUAAGACUGUUCAACUGUAAUGCCUAUGGCUAGACACCCCCAACAAGUUUAUUUUGUUCAUGAAUACGCAUUAAUAUCAAGUUUUAAAACCUUUUUCUAAAGCAGAAGAAUAGACUAGAAUUUAUUGCACUUCCGUGUUUAACCAAGUGUCUAAUCUUUCAACUGCCAAAACUGGAGUUUGACUGUGGACAUAAAAUAUUAAGUAUAUUCUAAAGUAAGUAUACGAAACUCGAAAAUGGAGGAGGACAAGAAACCCGAAGAACCAGAUGAACGUAAGUUUCAUCAACUUUUUUUGUUCUUCACAAUUUAAGUAUAUAUGUCAUAAGACGUCACUCGAUGCUCACCUGGAGAGGAAGGUGAUCUUGUCUGAAUGCUUACGAAAUGUGUGCAUGACUGAGUGACCCAUAUAUGCUUUACUAUAUAGUUUGAUUUUACAUUCUUCAUCAGAAGAUACGUGGUUUUUGCCUUACUAAAAAUAAAUAAAAUCAUCAUCCACUGAACGCCAGAGAAAAGACAUCGUCGCCUAGGUCGUCCGCGACAAAGUGGUCUGAUGAUCUAGGCAAAUACGCGGAGCGCAUGUAUCAGAAAUCGUAAAACAUGGUCUGGAAGAGAAAGGGGCAGGGCUUCAUUCAGCAGUGAGUUCUAAAACAGGUUGUAUAAAAAAGUCGGUAAUAACAGAAGACACCUACUCCCGAAAUAGUUUUUUUUUUCUUGGUCCUGAAAUGGUCGACUCCGCCGAAGUGUAAAGGGAAAUAACGCAUAUCGGUAUAUUGAGUCGCAAAACCUACCAUGGUGUUUCAUUCUUAAAUCUGAUCAAUUAUGGAAAGAGGCCUUUACCCAGCAGCGGGAUAUAAAUACCUUUAAAUAACAACAGAAGUAUCUACUAAAGGAAAUACUAUAUGACAACAGAGGUGUACCUACUAAAGGAAAUAUUUGGAAUGAAAGUACAGGCGAUUUUACGAAUUGCGUAUUUGCUGGUGUUCAACAACUUGGUCAACCUAAGGGACUACGUACCCCUAUUCAGCUCCAUUCACAGUUCCCUAAACGACAGUCAAAUUUGCACAGCUCUACUUCUAUCAGCUAUCAGCCGUAAAACUGAGAUCAGGUAUAAUUUAUAACGUAGGUACUGUCUCCGCUGAUACGCUUCUGUCUACUACGUACGGCGUAUUUAGUAUAGUGCCUACUCCUACUGUGCGUACUCACUAAUGCCCAAUCAUACAACCUUUGACAGAUAAAAGAAGGUUUUCUAUGGCAAUCACAGGUCAACCAGCUAAAUAAUUUAACUAUGCACUAAUUCAUUUUUAGAGCAAGAAGCAGCGACUUCCAUGGAAAAUGUGCAUAGAGUCUUGCAGGAUAGGGAUAGCGAGACUAAAUACGAUGAGUACUUGAUGGCCAUGAAGCGGGUUCAUCAUCGAUACUCUAACCAAAUGCUACCUUCGGAGAUCGAGAGCCCGAGGGUCCGUUAUAGAAAACAGAGUGUAUACAAACAAUCCGUAUUGGACAGCGUUAGAGGAAGCAUGAGCACAGUAGCCGAAGCAACUAGAGUGGGAAUCAUAUCAUCGAUGGUCCCCGACGAAAUUAUUUACAAGCAUUGUGAUUAUUCCAUUAGAAAUUACGAAACCGCUUUGAUGUUUUGUGACGUGUCUGGUUUCACGGACUUAUGUGAAAAAUACACAAGCAGUGGCCGUGGUGGGCCUUCGCGGUUGACUAAGGUCCUUAACUCUUACAUCGGGGCCAUGGUCCAAGAAAUUUUGGCCCACAACGGUGACGUGCUGAAGUUUGCUGGUGACGCCUUCCUCUCAAUGUGGAAGAAAACCGCCAGACAGUCUAUGCAAGACGUGGUGCAUAACGCUAUCGACUGCGGUCUUAUUAUCCAGAAGAAUUACGGUACUUUCAAAACGGAUAUCGGCGUUGUUCUCAAAGUGAAAGUGGCGAUCUCCGCUGGCCUUUCCCAAUUCUCUAUAAUUGGUGACGAGAACAUAGCUCAGUCCAGCUUCGUGAUAGUGGGCCAGCCAGUGUGGGAUGUCAAGAUGGCCCAGUACCUCACCAAGUCUGGAGACGUGCUUACCUCAGGCAGUGCGUGGAAGUAUGUCAAUGAAGCGGAGUAUUGCACUCAACCAUGCGGGGAUGGAAGACAUACGAAGGUGUUAGGAGUUGGCGCUUCAUGGAAAAGGGUAGAAAAGCUCAAGGAUAAUAUUGGCGAAGAGUUACUGUUAGACUCGGACACAGUAGGAUUUUCUUCAAAGCGUAAUUCGAAAUAUCCUAUGGAGGAAAUACCUGCGAUAGACAUACAUUUUAAGGAGUAUUCACUGCGCCCAGCCGUAAUAGCAGCCAUGAGAAGUUCGUGGUGGCCGGGCCUCUGUCGCUUCAUGGUGACUCCGGUCCUUCGCGCCGUGGAGAAUGAUGAGCCAAUGGACUUCCUGACCGAAGUGCGGCGUGUCGUCGUCGUGUUCUUUAAUAUUAUAACGAAAACUGUAACUCCUGAUGUGCUCAUCGAUUUGGUCGAUAGGGCUUAUAAACAUAUAUCAUGUAUGACGUCAAAGUCUGGUGGUUUGGUGAACAAAGUAUCGAUGUUUGAUAAGGACAUGAUGUUCCUCAUAGUAUUCGGUUUGAGAGGACUCAAGCACGAGGACGAGGCUCAACACGCGCUGCUUUGCGCCUUCGAGCUCAAAGAGAACCUCGCCAACGAAAAUAUCAUCAGUAUUUCUGUAGGAAUCACUUCUGGCACUACAUAUUGCGGUGUUGUCGGUCACGUUCUUCGAAGGGAAUACACCGUUAUUGGACCAGCAGUUAAUAAGGCCGCAAGGCUAAUGACGACCUACGUCGAAAAAGUGACUUGUGACAAGGAGACCUUCUUGAGGAGUAAACUUGACCAGGAGUACUUCAAACAGCUUCCAGCCAAGCCAUUGAAGGGUAUAGCUAAGCCAGGACCUGUCUACGAGUUUAAUAAGUCUGGAUGGCCGGACCGCCCGCUAGGUAGCGGACACCCUAUCCUUGGUCGGAAUGACGAGUUGCGCAAAUUCAAGAUGACUCUACAGAACGCCUUGGAGCAACAAAAUAAAACCUUCACGCGGUAUCGGGACCAUAAAUAUGGAGUUGUUUUUACUGGGCCCAAGCAAGUUGGGAAGUCGCGUAUGCUCGAAGAAUGUCUGAAUAUCACACCAGAUUUUAUACGUAAGGAGAAAAUGGUUUUUACCGGUAGCGAUAAGGAACCCUACCAUGUAUUCCGGAAUAUAAUGAAUAAAAAUUUCAGGAGAGGAAGCUCCAGAAUCAUGUCGGAAAACAAAGAGAACAAAAUAAGAUUUAGUAUCAAUAUGAUGAACAUCACUCCGCUACAGAUUUAUGGUAUCAAUACUGCGUUCGAUUGUCGAUUCCCUUUACCAGAAUCAUUCCAAUAUACCGGUAAAGAUAUUAUGGCUGAGUUACCUGUGAAGAAUGUCAUACUGAACAUUUGUAAGAAUGUUUUAACCCAAAUGUGGGUCAUCGCAUUAGAAGAAGCUCAACAUGUGGACAUCGAUUCUUGGCGACUGAUUACUAUUCUACUGGAAACUAAACAGAUAUUCUUCAUUAUGACCAUCACAGACAUAGAUCAUAUUUCAGAGGCAGCAAUGUAUUGCCUGUCGAAGGACAUGAUGGUGCUCAUUCCGCUGGCGGGCAUCGAUCGCACGUACCACGCCGCGCUAGUCUGCCAACUUCUCGACGUCCAAGCCAUACCGGCUGACUUAGAGAAGGUUAUUGAAAGUGCAAGCGGUGGCAUGCCCGGUUGGAUCCAGAACUUCGUGAUAUCUUUAGUCCAGAGAGGGGCGCUGACUAUAAUAACAACAUCUAGACAAGAAGUGCAGAAAAUGCCAGGUCUCAUCAUUCCAACGCCGGGAUUACUGCAGAAGCCUAACAUGGAAUUUGAAGACGACGACGAUGCAGUUGGAAAACGUCAUAGUUUUCAGAGUAUCUACAGCAUGAUGAGCGUCAGCGUAGUGAGUCGACAGGAAAGUCAGACUGUCGUUCAAGAUAAUGACACGAUACAGGUGGCAGUGUUGGACGAAUCCUACACAUUUGAAGACUUGAAAGUCGAUAUGACUAUGGAUGCAAUAAUUCUAAAGACCUACGAUUCUCUGACUCCGUUCGAGAAGAUGCUGUUGAAAUGCGGCUCCGUGCUAGGAGACGUGUUCUCCAGACGCAUGCUGCUUAACUUACUUCAGAGUGAUUCACCGAGAAAAGUGGCUCAAGCGGUUGCAAAGUUGUUCCGGAUAAGAGUCUUAGAGUGCGAGGGUGGGGAUUUCACUCGAGACACUUCGUUCGUUCUCGUGCACCCCGCGCCAUCGCUACCUAAAUCAAAGCCACCUUACUGCGCUUGCUUAGGGACGAGACAACCAGCGAAUUGUCGAGAUCUACCGAUGUACGCAUUCUGCGGGUAUAUGAAGUUCCGACAUUGCUUAUUCAGGACUACAACUUACGAUUUACUAACUGAGAGUCAAAAGCACGAAAUGCAUGCCCGGGCAUUACUUUAUUUGGAGCGGUACACAAGAAGAUGUGCAAGUUGCGGCGCUGGUUGCUUUACCAAAUUGCUUGGAUUACGUUGUGACGAUGGUCUUAUCGAUGAGAGCGAAGAUUUGAAGCGAAUGCGGUUACAAAUAAGUGCGUUGAGCGCAGAAUCUAGGAUGGCCGGGGAAGAGAGCACUAGUCUGUACUAUGUGGAGAGUAAUUCGAAUUAUUCGAAUCACGUCCCAACUGAUUUUUCUGGGUACGAGUUAUUGGAAACUGAAGGGAACUUGAUGAGUCGUAUACUAGAAAGUAAAGCCGAGACGAGAGCUUCGAAGCAGACAUAUUCCCAGCGCAAACGUGUCCGUUCUUUCUCCUCUUUGGAGUUAGAAAGCUGUGAAUGUCUGUCGAUCCUGCAGAGUGUGUACUGUCAGGUCAUAGAUCACUGCCGAGGAGCUGGUGAAAAACAAAAGCUAUUCGAAGCGUACCUGGAAUAUGCUGAUUUAUGUAUUAAUGUCAAUCCAAAUAUACCACAAGCAGUUCGCCUUUUGUUUGAAGUUGAAGAUUUUCUUAAGUCUGAAAACGAUUUGAACGGCGAUUUGAACCUCAAAUGGGUGAAGGAUUUCAGUAUGGCCAAAGUGUGCUCCAUGCGAGGAGUCUGUAUGCUGCAGUCUGGAGACCUGAAGGAGGCCAGGAAACAGCUCAUGCAUGCUAUGAAACUCUAUUGUAAACCUUUUCCCACUUCCUCUCACUGGGUUAGGGUUUGCAAUAUGGGUGCUUCUAUACGUCAAUUCAUGACCCUCUACGUUGCCCCCAACUUCUACAUAGCCAAGGACAGCGGUGUCAUCGGUCUUUUUUAUGAAGAUAUUGCUAGAACCCUCAACAGAUUGUACAGCCUUUUCAUUGAAUCCAAGGAACCUGAGAACGCGACUUUAGCUGCCAAGUGGGCAUUGAACUACGCUUUGCGUACGAACUCGAACCUUCGACUACUGAGUGUCAGCUAUGCGAACAUGAUUGCGGAUUACAGGGAGAAACAGCAAUUCUCAAGAUGUCUAAAACUGGAGAAACGCGCGAUAGAGGUCUGUCGUCGUAAACGCGGCCAGUUGGACGUGACUGAAGUACAGGCUGUCUCUUACCUGUACACCAAUAUAUUCCUCUUCUAUGUGGAUUACGGGAAAAAGAUGGAGAGUCUGGAGUUCGGUCUGUCAGUAUUGCACAUGCUGACAUCUCGUACUGACAUUUGCACCAGGGAAUCACUCGUUCUGUGCAUGCUGAAACUACUGCUCAGUGAUCUCAAGAUUAGCGACAUGGUCGCCAUUAUGAGGGAGUUCUUUUAUUUGACUGACCAUUACGACUUAUGUGCUGAAACCUGGUACUAUUACUACGCUAUAGUGAUUCUCCUCGACACGGGAUACUGUGUGGAGUCAUACAGAGUUUGCGAGAAGUUUUACAUGAAGAAAGGUGAUGCUCUGCUAAGGGCCAAGACUCCGGAGGCCGCUUGGAACUUUUUCGUUUGCAUGUGGUUGAUAACUAUUAGAAUGGGAGCUUGGGAGAGGUCCAUCCUAUGGGAGGAGAAGAUCAAACAGCUUUUAGUCAUGAAGUUAGACAAGCACGAGUUCACCAUAAUGAUGGUGAUCAGACUGGUUGAGGGACUUUUAGUUACGCUGGUCAAAGAGAUGGACAACAGAAAUAUAAAGAAAAUAAUCAUAUUACAGAAGAAUCUUAAAACACUGUUUCAAGAUAUGCUCAAAGCCAACGAAUUUACUGCUUUUUAUAAACCAAGAUACUACCUCAUGUUGGCAUACUACAACUACAUCCGCGGAAGAAAGUAUCGUGCUUAUAAUUAUCUGAACAAGGCGCGUGACCUCUCCAUGCAGUCCUCAAACUUCGUGCUGAUGUUUUGGGUAGAGCAUACACGCAAUCACUGGAAAGGAACAUUGAAUCCUAAAUAUAUUGACUUCUGGACAGAUCACAUCGACCGUGAUAAUUUGUUGGACUACAGAGAUUUUGAUCCUGACAAAGGUAUAAUAAUACCCUUUACUCUUCCGUUGCCAAGAGAUUUGGAGAAAUAGAACAAAACACGCUUUACCUGAAUGAAUACACCAAGGUUUUAGGAUAUACGACUUUAAGUUUAAGCACAAUGAGUUGCAUUUUAGUUACACUUGCGUACUUAAGUGAAGAAAUAAAGUUAUGUUAUUAAUGAA